CUAUCUAUUUCUUCACCUCUUCAGUUUCUUUGGCAUCUUCCAAAUGAACCAUUGAAUACUGGUUUAUUUUGACAUUUUAUUUACUUGUACUGUUAACAAGAAAAACAACACAUUACUUUUCUUCAAAGCAAUAAAAAAUAGAAAUAUAGUCUGGAUGCGAUGCCAAAACCUACCAACCGUGGAAAGAUACAUCCGGAAACUUCCUUCCAUUCAAAACCAUCUCGUACCCCUCUGACUACUGACGACGACAAUAUUAUUAUACGCUGUCCAUGCGGUUAUAAAGAAGAUGAUGACUUUACUAUCCAAUGCCAAAAAUGUCUUACCUGGCAACAUGGCAAUUGUAUGAACGUUACCUCUCAGCAUCUUCCUCGACAAUAUAUCUGCGGCUCUUGUAUAUAUCAAGAAGGUGAUCCAAUGGCUACUGAGACUACGACUGCAAUAUCAACAAUUCCAUUACGACAACAACAACAACAACAAGAAAAAGAAGAGCAUUCAACAAUAGACAUACAACAACGAGAACAACAACAACUUGCUGUCAAACAGAAUAAAAUACAUCACCUGGGCAAAAAACUAUUCGGCAAAAAAUAUACAAAAGGCGACCUUCGGGAUAUUUCCAAAAAUGUAUUUACAACUGACACAACAACAAUCAAGCAAGAACUUCCGUUAUCCAAUAAAAGGCAAUCGCUGAAACGACGUUCAAUACUCUAUGAUGAUGAUUUGAAAAACAAUAAUGAAGAUAGUGAAGAUGAUGAUGAAAUAGUUACCCCGUAUGACUAUUCUACAACUUCAACCCGAACAAGAACCAAAUUUGAACAGAUUUCUCGAAAUAUUAUAAAGUCCAAACUGGUGAAACAAACAAUGAAAAGAGCUUAUGAUCAAUGGCAAAUAAACGGUAUUCAUACUGAUAUGGUUACAAAUAUGGAUUCUUCGACAUUAGCCCCCUCCAUCCCAAAGGUAUCUGUACAUCCUAUUUGGAAAUCUCUUUUGGGUAGAACGAACAACAAAAACGAUCCCUCUGUCCGCAAUGGUGUAUUUGCUGAAAUCCAUGUACCUGAACAACGAUUUUUGAUGGAAAUCAAUGGUGAAAUCUCUAUCAAAUCUGAUUAUAAGAAUGAUACUACUUCCCUGUAUCAGUUAUUACAUACACCUGAAGAUAAGAUGUUCUUUUAUCCUUCUCUGGACUUGAUGAUUGAUGCUAGAUGUUGUGGAAACGAUUCUCGAUUUGUACGGCGCUCAUGUUACCCAAAUGCUAGGACAAAGUGUAUCAAUUUACCCAACAACAAGGACGAUCAAACUGUGCAUCUUGGUUUGUUUACUAUGGAAGAUAUUGACAAAGGUGAAGAAAUAUCUAUUGGUUGGGAAUGGUUACAAGGAUCUGUUAUAUGGGAUAUUUUCAACUUUUGGAAAAAACAACAACAACAUCAAAAACAACAGCAACAACAAUUUUUUAUUAUGGAUAACACCAAAAAUCAACAAUUGAAGAAGAUGUUAGCUGUAUUCCAAGAAGAAUUUAGCGAAUGUGCCUGCCAAGAUAAGGAUCAAUGCUUUGUGGAAUACCUCAAGCAAAUCUGCUCGAAAACCACCAAAAAGGAAAAACAACGACAACAACGAAGACAACGAACGAAUAGCAGUAGUGAGAUUAAAUCGGAUGAUAUUACCACUAUCCAACAACAACGACGAUCUAAAGAUAAUAUAUCGACAAUAUCACCUUCCUCCUCAUCCCAAUAUGAUGAACAUCAACAACAGCGAAUUUCCAAGACCAUUGGGGCAAAUAAGCGUCGACGUAGCAAAAAGAGUCAUGCAGAUAUUGCAACAACUAGUGUGGCCGCCAAAAAUGAUCUCUUCUUCGCCUCUUUACCAAGUUCGCAAUCAACAAAUCCUGUUCAACAUCACAAAUAUUCUAUACCACCAUUAGCACAUGUUACAACAAAAGUGGAAGAAAAGAAAACAAUCGAAUCACCAAUACAACUUAACAAACAAGAACAAAGCUUACCAACUGGCAGAUUACCAUGCAAGAAGGCUUGGAUGAAGGCUUAUUUGGCAGAAACCGCAAAUUCACGACCAUCAACACUACCUUUUGAAAGUACACUUGAUCGAAAAAAGAGUAUGACUGAUGACUUUUGGAAUGACGAACACACUACUUUAAUAAAAUCACCUGGUCCAACAAAAUCAUCAUCGAUUAGUGGGAUGGAAAAAGAUGAGGAUCAUACUGCAAUAACAAAAGAUUUAGUGAUAAAUGACAGUUCAACUACUCUCAAUACCGUAGAUUAUAGUGAUGAUCCAAUCACAGCGAUGACAGCAACCACUACUAUUAUUUCAACAUCAAAAUCAACAACAUCAACUAUGUUUACCAACUCGGCGGAAUCUUCAUUACUCAACAAAGACCACGGAUUAGAUCUCACAACACCUGCAGCCAAACCUGUCAAGGCCAAAUUAUCUCUUCAACAAUAUUUAUCCAUGCAUAAGUUAUCAAAUAGCAACGACAGUAAACUUCCUUCAAGAUGACGAUCCUAUUGACCUUUCCUUAUCCCUUAGUAUACAAUUAAAAAAAAAAACUCAAUACAUACACAUUCUACUUCCUCCCUCUCUUCCUCUGUAUAUAUAGUUCCAUUUUAUAUUCUACUCCUUGAUUCUCUUGUAUAUUUUAAUUUUUUUUUUUUUCCUUUCAAAAACCUGAAUUUUUUCUUCUAAUAAUUAUUUCGAUUAAAGACAGUAUCAUAUUAUAUUAUUUCGAUUGAAGACAUAUUAUUUGUAUUGAUUAGUGUACAAUUUCGAUCUACUUUUCGUAUUUUUUUAUUCAUACUAUGAUGUUUCAAAAAAAAAAAAAAAAAA